GCCAUUGCAGUCCCCUCCAGUCCUCCGUGGCCGCACAGCGCCUGUCAUCCUGUCUGUCUACCUGCUUGUCUGUCUGUCAGUCUGUGUCUGUGUGUCAUGAUGCGAGUCCGAGCAUAGUCAGCACUUGCACAAACAGCUCGGAGGAAAACACAGACAGAGACCAAACCUCACCCGCAGCCUGCACGGUGGAUGGACACACAUACGCAUCCAUCCGUCACACAGAGGCAUCUUUUGUGUCCCAGCCAGGGGGGCUGUGCGUGUGCCUGUGUGGCCUGCCUGACCCAGUAAGUGAGUGAUAGUAUUCUGAGUCGCUUGAGUAUGAUGUAGCAGCACACGGCCACGAAGAACAGAAAGGCGUACCAAAUGAAGGUGCUGUCCAUCUCAGUCCUGCACACACCACACACACACACACUUAUCAGCAUGCGCUCGCCUGUCUUGUCGGAUGGCUCACUUUCGUUUCAGUUUGCUGAGCAGCGCCCCGGCCUUUUGCAGGCGCUGCCCAUACGCUGCACUCAAGACAGACAGGGCAACCCACCAGCCAUCAUCACGCCACACGCCCUUCAGCGGCCAUUGCAUGCAGCUCCAAACGCAUCCCUACCUGAGUAGGCCUCAUCUGUGUUGCCGAUGGUCGUCGAGCCAUGAUCUGUGACACAUAUAACACACACACACACAGCAGAGAUCACGAUACACACCAACAGCAAGUGUGUCGGUCGGUCAUAUGCUGGCUUGCUCACCGAGUGCCUCUGUGACCUGGUGCAUUCUCUGCAGUUCCGUCUGCAUCAUCUGGCGGGUCUCACGCAGCCCACUCCUCAACUCCUCAUCCCCACCACCGAUGCGCUGACGGGGCGCCCCCGAUGCUGAUGCCGAUGCUGAUGCUGACGCCGACCCGCCGCUGCCCGCCAGCAAAUUGGUCCGCCGGCUCUCCGACAGGUGCUGCUGCACCAUGCCGUACCAACGACGAAGCUGAUCCUCAUACCUGUGCAUGGCAACACACGAGCACAUUGGAUCAGGGCAUUAUCCCAUCGAACGCGCCUACCUGGCGAUUUGCUUCGCUGCCCUCUCGUGCUCUUCUGGCGUGGCGCCGUGCUCCCUCGCCAAGGCCCUCUGUAGCUGCGCAAUCUGCUCCCGCAGGCUCCUGCAAACAAACAGAUAACACACACAAGGGUCAGCCUCUGUCUUCACCUGAUGGAUUGCAUAUCCGUUGCGUACUGUCGUGUGGCCUCUGCGACAUCUGGAGCGACGGCUGCGGGCGAGGGGAGGGCAGAGAGCGCCUCAAACAGGCUCUGGUCCAACGAUGCGACACUCUGCAUCGAUGUCAACAUGUCGGGAUGGCAGAUCCGGGGAGCCGAACAGAUGGACGGCUGGAACAGAUGG